AUGGCAGAAGCUAAGACGGUGACAAGUAUGGAGAUUCCUUUCCCCAUUUACUGUUCAUUCAUUGUCAUUGAUGCAGAUAUAAAUAUACCCUUUGCAGAGUUAAGGAUCAUCGUCUCCGUGUGCCCUUCUUUGCCUUUUUACCUUUUCUACAAUCAAUAAGAUAAAAUAUCUAGGAACCUGCAAAUUAGAGUCACCCCCCACCCCGAAGAUACUUUUAUCAGUGAACUCUGAAAAGUGAGAGGCAUGAACAUAAUCUACACAUUUCAUUGGUGAACUGUUUCAUCUGUUAGGGAUGUUUGAUGGAGGGUUGACUAUGUCUUUCCAUAAAGUAAACUGUCCACCAGUUGUAGGUAAUCUAAGUAAAAUCAGAAGCCAGUGUAGAACAAGACCAAACCCAUGUUUUGCAGUACAAAUGUCUUCAACUCUGGUACAAACAGAUGAAAAUGGAGAUUUUUAUGAAUCCAAAAAGAUAUCAGGUUCAAGUUCAACCGAACUAAAAAGUCAGCCCCAGAAUUCCCUGCUUAGCCAAGCCAAUACAGUAGGUAUAAUUGGAGGGGUUUCUGUUUUGUCCACUCUUAUAUUCCUUGAGAAACUUGUGUGGUGGAGCUCUAGGAAUGGGGAGGAAUGUGUUCCUUUCGUUGUCUGCAGUGAACCGGCCCUAGACGGCGGCCGCCGUCCGGUUCAUUCAUCGGAAGUGAAUGAUGAACAUAUUAUUAUCCAGAAUCUGAGGCAGAAAAGAAUAUUUCUCGAGAAAUCUGGAGCUCGUUGCAUUGUGAUGCCAUGCCAUAUCUCAAAUGCAUGGCAUGAUGAGAUAUCUGAGAGCUGCUCACUGCCCUUUUUUCACAUUGGUGACUGUGUUGCCAGGGAGCUCAAGGAAGCGAAAUUGAAGCCACUGGAUGCUGGGAGCAGUGUUCGAAUUGGGGUACUUUCCACCUGUGAAACCAUAGCUGUUGCUCCAUAUCAACAAAAAUUACAGAAUCAGGGUUUUGAGGUGGUUUUGCCAGACAAGGAAACGAUGGAACAUAUUCUAAUGCCAGCAGCUGAAUCAUGGAACCAAAGGGACAUAGAAGGGGCUCGAAACUUGCUGAGAAUUGCAAUUCAGGUUCUUUUAAUUAGAGCUGUGAAUAUUGUCAUCCUUGCUUCGGAUGUACUGCAGAACAUUUUACCUCGAGAGGAUCCUCUUCUUAAAAAAUGUAUGGAUCCCAUGGAUGCUUUAGCCAGAACAACUAUAAAAUGGGCUAAAUCUGCAAAGAAGGUACGUAGGAAAACUUGAACUAUACAAGCAUGGAAACUCUUGCUGUCUUGUAACUUGUAAGGGUAUAUUUGCCUAUCGAAAGUGCACAACAUCUUGUUCAUACUAUGGUGUCAAUAAAAAAAAAACAAGGCUUACACAGCAACAACAACAGUACCAAAUAAGAUAAGGCUGAACCGAUAAUGUUAGAAGCAAAUUAAAUGAUCGCUCUAUGAAUGUAUACAAAGAGAUACCUACCUACAAAUAAAGACAGACAAGGGACAGAGGCUUAAUUUGCAUUUGAUGAUAUGAAAUUUUUGUAAAGUAGAUGUUCUUCAUAUUCAAUACAAUUCGUGUUGAAAUAUGUUUAAAAGAUGCCAUCUCAA